AUGUUCGCUCGGAGCGUGGGAGUUGGGGGGCGAGUUCUCCGAAGCAGCACCCAAACGGCAAGAAUCUGCUUUCCCAGACCAGCAGCCAGAAGGAUUGUGACAAGGCGAUUCUCGUCGUCUUCCUCGUCGGCAUCCGCCAACAAUGGCGCAGCUCCUACGGCGCAUCCUCUUGCGGGAGUCGCUUCGCAACUCGACCAUGUUGCACCUCGAUUCGAGAUUGAUCCGGACAACAUUCACAUCCUAGACGGUCCCGCGGCAUUCUACGAAACGCUGAAGGCCAAGAUAAGGGGAGCCAAGCGACGGAUAUACCUGUCAACGCUGUAUAUUGGGAAGACUGAACACGAACUUUUUGACACCCUGAGGGAGGCACUCGAAGCCAAUCCAGACCUUGAGCUUUCUAUUCUGACGGACGCGCUUCGGGGCACUCGAGAAGACCCUGAUCCGUCAUGUGGGACUCUUCUAGCACCACUGAUCACACAGUUUGGCGGCAGGGUGAAGAUCUCAAUGUUCCACACGCCAAACUUGAACGGGUGGAAGAAGAAAUACAUGCCCAAGCGCAUCAAUGAGGGAUGGGGACUACAGCACAUGAAGCUUUAUGGCUUUGACGACGAGAUAAUGUUAUCCGGUGCCAACUUAUCCGACGACUACUUCACGAACCGUCUCGACCGCUACCACCUUUUCGCCUCCAAAGAGCUCACCGACUUUUACGCUGCCAUCCACGACGCAGUUUGCGAUUUAUCCUACCAUCUCGUUCCAGCCGAUGACCGUCCAGGCGGCUUCGAACUCCUGAGUCCUCAUGAGAGAGGCUACCCCGACCCGUUAUGGCAUACCAAACGGUUCAAAUCCUACGCCAAAGAAACCCUCGAGCCACUCAUCCACAAAAAAGCCCGACAAAAGAUGUUUCCCGUUGAGUUCACCGACCAGAAAACGUUCAUCUAUCCACUAGCUCAAUUUGAUAUUCUCCUCGGCCAACCCAGAAACAUCGCGUUGCUCGAGUACGAAUUCGCACAGUAUACCUCCACCGAGAAGCCCGCCAUCACCAAGCUGUUGACCAACCUCGCCGAGGACGAACGCCUGCACAAGUCGACCUGGGCAUUCACAGCAGGCUACUUCAACAUCGACCCCGACAUCUGCAACAUGCUCAUCGCCGCCGCGCCAGAAGCCCGCGACGUCCUCACCCCCGGCAAAGAAGCAUAUUACGAUAAAUCUUGCACGGUCAUCACCGCAUCCCCCUGGGCGAACGGUUUCUACGGCAGUCGCGGUGUAAGCGGUAUGUUACCAGCUGCAUACACAUUGCUCUCCCGCCGCUUCCUGCGGACCGUUAGCUCUGCAGGCAAAGAAGAUGUUAUCCAACUGAAGGAAUGGCGCAGAGGCACAGUCGGCGAGCCUGGCGGUAUGACUUACCACGCCAAGGGCCUGUGGGUGACCUUGCCUCCACAGCCGAAUGCGGACGGACAACUCGUCGAGGACUGCGGGCCGAGCGUCACUGUGGUUGGAAGUAGCAACUACACGAAACGAAGCUAUAGUCUCGACUUGGAGAUCGGAGCAAUGAUCUUGACUGGCGAUGAAGGCCUCAAGAAGCGAUUGAAGAGGGAGGUGGAGAAUCUAGAGGCGGAUGCCACGGUCGCAACGCAAGAUACUCUGGCCAGAGUCGACCGCAGAGUUGGUUUGAAGGUAAGACUAGCGCUUUGGCUUGUUGAAGCACUAGGAGGAGCUCUGUGA